UCUCAUCUGUACUUGCCCACCACCUUCACCUCUCCCACCACCUGCUUUCCACAAACCAAGACAGACUUCAAUACCAUCCUCAAGACAUAAGCUCGACUAUCAGUCAUCAUGCCGGCUACGAACACAGUCAAAUGGGACACUGUCGAACCCUGGCGCCGCUUAGUUGCCGCAAUCAUCGCGACCAAUGUGAAGCUUGACAUCGGCCAAGUCGCACUGCACUUCGGUGCUUCGCGUGACACGGUCGAUAACGCCUUGCGCAAGCCCCGUCAGGAAGCCAAACGAUUGCAGGAGCUCGUCAAGGCUGGUGACAACCCUGACUUCAAGUCCUCCCCUCACACUCCCAAGACCACCCGCAAGACAGCUGACAAGGCGUUUGGGGUCGCUUCGAACGGUAUGAAAGACACGCUCAAAUUGCAUGAUCGCUUCUUUGCUGACAACCAUGAUUCCAACCAGCAACCAUCUCCGGUCGAGUCACGAAACCUGCUCAGAAAACUAAGAAGAAUCGCACCAGCACCGAAAUGCCAGAGUCCUUCGACGAGUACAUGUCGCGCGCUGCAUCGACCUAUUGAAUAUGAUUUGAUCACGUAACAAAGAGAAGAAGCAAUAUGAGUCUCUGGGCAUGAGGAGCAGCAGGAUAUGAGGACGAAUCAGAUCCAGGACCAGAUCCAGGAAUUGCAAAGGCU